AUGCGCGCGAAUAUCCCCUUUUCUUGUUCGUGCGCGGAUGCUAAUCAAACCCAUUAUAGCAUGCCAUCGGGAAACUCCACGCCUACGCCCGCGAUAGACGGCGCAGCCGUAAAGGAGAAUGAAAUUCGUUCGACUGCCAUAUUUGGAGAGGACCAGCUUUGCAAUGAGGAGGGAUUUAACAAUUCCCAAAGAACAGGCGGCUCGUCUGUGCCCCAGCGACUUACCUAUUAUCUCAAGAAAGUCGAGAACCAACUCGUCGAGUAUAGUCUCGAGGCUCGGGGGAUAGAACGGGUGCAAGAGCACGAGCGCAUCCCAAAAUUAACCUGGAUCUCGUAUCUGCAGGUCUUUUUGCUAUGGAUGUCAGUCAACCUGGCAGCGAAUAAUAUUACGCUUGGGAUGUUAGGCCCGGCUGUGUACGGUCUCAGCUUUCUGGACUCUGCGCUCUGUGCUGUUUUUGGGGCGCUUGUUGGCUCCACGGCAUCCUCGUGGAUGGCCACCUGGGGCCCUAUAUCUGGAAUCCGGACUAUGGCUUUUGGGCGUUAUUCUAUGGGAUGGUGGCCUAGCAAACUCAUCGUGAUACUGAAUCUCAUUCAGAUGAUCGGAUAUUGUCUGAUCAAUUGUGUGGUUUGCGGGCAGAUCCUCUCUGCUGUGUCCCCGAGGGGGAGUUUAUCAGUCGCAGUGGGAAUCGUGAUCAUCGCUGUCAUCAGUUGGAUUAUCGCCACGUUCGGGAUCCGAAUUUUCCAUUACUAUGAGCGUUUCGCGUUCUUCCCGCAGGUCAUCGUAGUGUGCAUUUUGUUCGGUGUGUCUGCUUCAAAGUUCGACCUAUCUACGCCAUCUCAGGGAGACACUCGUACCAUAGCUGGUAAUCGACUAUCGUUCUUUUCUCUCUGUCUCAGCGCCGCGAUCACCUAUACCCCACUAGCAGCCGAUUUCUUUGUCUACUACCCUGAGCGCACAUCCAGAAUCAAGCUCUUCUCGCUCUCACUUUCUGGGCUUCUCACAUCCUUCACCCUCGCUUUCCUCUGCGGCAUUGGCCUCGCAUCUGGCAUAACCGCACACCCCGAAUACGCAACUGCCUACGACAACGGCCAAGGCGCGCUCAUAGUCCAAGGUUUCAGCCCCCUCCACACCUUUGGCAACUUUUGCUCCGUGAUUGUCGCCCUCGGCCUCAUCGCCAACGCUAUCGCACCGACCUAUUCCGCCGGCGUCGACUUCCAAAUCCUAGGCCGGUACGCUGAAAAAGUGCCCCGUGCAAUCUGGAACACCUUCGGCGUCAUAAUCUACACCGUAUGCGCCCUCGCGGGCCGCAGCCACCUGGCAGAUAUCUUCACCAACUUCCUCGCGCUUAUGGGCUACUUCGUCGCCAUCUGGCUUGCGAUUGUCCUCGAGGAACGGUUCAUCUUCCGCCGUGGAGGAUCCGGAAACGGAUAUAACUGGGCUGUCUGGGAUGAACCGUCCAAACAUCCUGUUGGACUUGCGGCGCUGAUUGCGUUCUUGGUUGGUUGGGCUGGUGCUAUCCUCUGUAUGGCGCAGGUUUGGUAUAUUGGGCCUCUAGCGGGGUUGGUAGGGGAGUAUGGUGCUGAUAUGGGAAACUACGUCGGAUUCUCAUGGGCUGCUUUGGUUUACCCGCCUCUGCGAUAUAUUGAACGGAGGCGGUUCGGCCGGUAA